AUUGACCAGGCUGCUCUCUGGCGGAGAUCCAGAUCCAACGUUGAUUUCUAUCACAUAUUGCACUACCCCCUUCCGAAUUUCCCAGCCCCCAUGGUUACCUGAUGAACUUCCGGAUUUCUUCUUCAUGAUAAAAUUGGCUCUUCCCACCGUCUCAGAGUGCGUCCCCCAACUAUAGGUAUCCUGAGCAUCAGGACCUUGCCUCGACCACAACAUCCCAACAGAAACCCCAUAUCCAGACAAUAUGGCGGACAAGGACCAACAGCGCAAUGUCUCGCAGUACAAGUAUUCGGAGAUGUCCAAUCUGGUCCUCCAGGCGGACCGACGAUUUGUUACUCGGCGCAAUGACGAAGUUACUGGUGACCCAGAAUCACUCGCUGGAAGGCUAAGUAUUCGCGACAUGGGGUCCAGGAAUGCGCGCGACGAUGCCCCGAAACAGAAGAAGAAGGCGACCGGGCUACCGGAUGUGGAGAGAGGUGGACUUCAAGAAGGACAAGAUGUCUUGGAACGAGAGCAACGGAAACGAAAGCGCGGCGAGCCAGCACAACUCCGUGGCACUGGGAUUCUAUCUGCUGCGGAUGCUUUGGUAGAGGGAAUCGUCUAUAGACCCCGGACAUCUGCGACCCGCGCAACGUACGAUCUCAUUCUCACGACGGUCGCAAACAAUCUUGGUGAUGUAUCCCACGAAAUCGUCAGAAGUGCUGCGGAUGCCGUAUUGGAAUAUCUGAAGGACGAUGACAUGAAGGAUUUUGAUAAGAAAAAGGAGAUUGAUGAGCUGUUGGGCACAUCCAUGACACCAAAACAAUUUAAUGAGCUUGUGAAUUUGGGAAAGAAGAUUACCGACUACGAAGCGCAGGAUGAGGAUGAAGUAAUGGGAGACGGAGAGAACGGCGAAGAUGGCGCAGAAAUUGAUGAUCGUCAGGGUGUCGCUGUCGUUUUUGAUGAUAAUUCAGAAGACGAAGAAGGAGCCGACAUGGUAAACGAGAUCAGAGACGAGUCAUCCGAGGACGAAGAGGAUAGCGAGGACCGCCCUGGAGCCGGAGAGGCCGCAGCUGCUAGUGGAGCUAGAGAAGACGGCGACGAAGGAUCUCAGGAGGUACCAGAAGAAGAGGCCAUGAUCAUUGACUCAGGAACCGUUAAGAAUGAAGCUGGCAAAGAAAGGGAGAAGAAUUCAAUCCCCGCUCGCGAUAUAGACGCCUAUUGGCUCCAGAGACAAAUCGGCACCAUAUACUCAGAUGCACAUAUCCAACAAGUUAAAACUCAGCAAGCUCUUCAUAUUCUUUCUGGGGCCCCUGAAGAGGAAGGCGGCGAGGAAAAGCCUUUGCGAGAAAUUGAAAAUGAUCUAGCCGAGCUGUUUGAUUAUGAACAUCACGAGCUGGUACAUAGAUUAAUAUCUAAUCGAGACAAAGUUGUCUGGCUCACUCGACUGGCUCGAGCAGAGGACGCCGAGGCCCGGGGGGUUGUGGAGCGAGAAAUAGCAUCUGAAGGGCUGCGGUGGAUUCUCGAGGAAUUAAGAGGACUUGCUUCUUCAGAUAGCACCAAAAAGCGAAAACUGGAGAUCAAAAUGGACAUUGAUGUACCAGCCUCGUUCACGAAUGGUGGUUCCAAGGCAGAACAAAAGGGCGAUGGCGGGCUUGUAGGAGGACUGCAACCGCGAAAGCUUAUAAACCUGGAGAACUUGAUAUUCGAUCAGGGCAACCACUUGAUGACAAAUCCUAAAGUGCGACUUCCAGAGGGUUCAACGAAACGAACAUUCAAAGGAUACGAAGAAAUUCAUGUACCUGCCCCUAAAAAGCGCAAUGAACCGGGCGAUCGCGAUAUUCCUGUUACUGAAAUGCCAGAAUGGGCUCGAGUGCCGUUCAGUUCUGCAACCAAACUCAACAAAAUCCAGUCGAAAUGUUUUCCUCAGGCCUUCGAAGACGACGGAAACAUGCUCAUCUGUGCUCCGACCGGUAGUGGGAAGACUAACGUUGGUAUGCUAACUAUCCUCCGCGAGAUUGGAAAAAACCGCAACCCCGAAACUGGUGAAAUCAAUCUAGAUGCUUUCAAGAUUGUCUAUAUUGCUCCUCUCAAAGCCCUUGUUCAAGAGCAGGUAGGAAACUUUGGUGGCAGGUUGAAGCCAUAUGGUAUCACCGUUUCAGAAUUGACUGGUGACCGACAAUUGACAAAGCAACAAAUUGCGGACACACAAAUCAUUGUGACCACGCCUGAGAAAUGGGAUGUCAUAACCAGAAAGGCUACCGACUUGAGCUAUACAAAUCUUGUGCGACUUAUCAUCAUUGAUGAAAUCCAUCUUUUGCACGAUGACCGUGGUCCAGUUUUGGAAAGUAUUGUUAGCAGGACCAUUAGAAAGAUGGAACAAACUGGUGACCCUGUCCGCCUUGUUGGACUCUCUGCAACCUUGCCCAACUACCGAGAUGUGGCAAGCUUCCUGAGAGUUGAUCCAGUAAAGGGAAUGUUUCAUUUCGACGGAUCGUUCCGGCCUUGUCCUCUUCGCCAGGAGUUUGUCGGAAUUACCGAGAAGAAAGCCAUCAAGCAGCUGAAGACCAUGAAUGAUGUUACCUAUACCAAAGUACUCGAACAUGUUGGGAAGAACCGUAACCAAAUGCUCAUCUUUGUCCAUUCUCGCAAGGAGACGUCAAAGACUGCUAGGUAUAUUCGUGACAAGGCUCUAGAGAUGGAGACGAUUGGACAGAUUCUCCGAAGUGAUGCUGGUAGUAGGGAAGCACUGAAUUCGGAGGCCGAGGCCGUGAAUGACAGAGAGCUGAAGGAUCUACUUCCGUAUGGCUUUGGUAUCCACCACGCAGGAAUGAGCCGGCCGGAUCGUACUUCUGUUGAGGAUCUCUUCAAUGAUGGACUCAUUCAAGUCCUCGUGUGCACUGCCACCUUGGCCUGGGGUGUCAAUCUACCAGCGCAUACAGUCAUUAUCAAGGGCACACAAGUUUACUCACCAGAAAAGGGCAGCUGGGUUGAACUUAGUCCUCAGGACGUCCUGCAAAUGCUUGGACGUGCAGGAAGACCACAAUAUGAUACUUAUGGAGAAGGUAUCAUUAUUACCACCCAGACAGAGAUGCAGUACUAUCUCUCCCUUCUCAACCAACAAUUGCCAAUUGAAAGUCAGUUUGUUAGCAAAUUGGCAGACAAUCUCAAUGCUGAAAUUGUCUUGGGCAAUGUCCGCAGUCGAGACGAAGGCGUGGAAUGGCUAGGUUAUACUUAUCUAUUUGUUCGAAUGCUGCGAUCACCUGGAUUAUACAGUGUGGGGGCAGACUACGAAGAGGAUAAUUCUUUGGAGCAAAAGCGUGUUGACCUAAUACACUCGGCUGCAGUGGUGCUCGAGAAGUCCAAUUUGGUCAAAUAUGACAAGAAGACUGGCAAGUUGCAAUCGACCGAGCUUGGGCGUAUCUCUUCACACUACUACAUUACACAUACGUCCAUGCUGACCUACAAUCACCACAUACAACCUUCGAUUACCCCCAUUGAGCUAUUCCGCGUCUUUGCAUUGAGCGACGAGUUCAAGUACAUUCCGGUUCGUCAGGAUGAGAAAUUGGAGCUCGCCAAAUUACUUGGACGUGUGCCCAUUCCCGUUAAAGAAAGUAUUGAGGAACCUCAUGCGAAAAUCAACGUACUUUUACAAGCCUACAUAUCACGUUUGAAGCUUGAAGGCCUAGCGCUGAUGGCAGAUCUUGUUUACGUGACGCAAUCUGCCGGCCGAAUUCUCCGAGCUAUAUUUGAGAUUACCCUUAAGAAAGGAUGGUCUUCGGUUGCAAAGACCGCUCUCGAGCUUUGCAAGAUGGCCGAGAAGCGUAUGUGGCCUACCAUGAGCCCUCUGCGUCAAUUUCAACAUUGCCCGAGGGAUAUCGUACAGAAGGCAGAGAGAAUCGAUGUGCCUUGGACUAGCUAUUUCGAUUUAGAUCCACCCAGAAUGGGUGAACUGCUUGGGCUCCCGAAAGCUGGUAAGAAGGUAUGCGAGUUUGUGUCGAAGUUUCCGCGAUUAGAUGUUCAAGCCCAAGUUCAACCAAUGACACGGUCGAUGUUGAGGGUGGAACUGACAAUCACUCCAAAAUUCGAAUGGGAUGAGGAAGUUCAUGGCACUGCAGAAAGCUUUUGGAUAACUGCUGAGGAUUGUGACGGCGAAGACAUUCUAUUCCAUGAUCAGUUCAUUCUCCGAAAGGAUUUCGCACAAGCAGAAAUGAAUGAGCAUGUUGUCGAAUUUACCGUACCGAUUACGGAGCCAAUGCCACCAAAUUACUUUGUCUCGGUCAUCUCGGAUCGUUGGAUGCAUUCGGAGACGAAGUUGGCUGUUUCGUUCCAAAAACUGAUUCUCCCGGAGAAAUUUCCCCCUCAUACUCCACUUUUGGACCUGCAACCUCUUCCAGUUGCUGCACUUAAGACUGAAGACUUCAAGGCUUUGUAUCCGAACUGGGAGCGCUUUAACAAAAUUCAGACUCAAACAUUUACUUCUCUAUACUCCACAGAUGACAAUGUGUUCGUCGGUGCCCCAACAGGAAGCGGAAAGACUGUUUGCGCAGAGUUCGCUUUGCUCCACCAGUGGUCUAAGCCAAGUCCUGGUCGUGCAGUCUAUAUUGCUCCAUUUCAAGAGCUCGUUGAUCUACGAUUUGCGGAUUGGCAGAAGCGCUUCUCCAAACUUCGGGGCGGCAAGGAGAUUGUGAAAUUGACCGGCGAAACCACUGCCGAUCUUAAGCUUCUGGAGCGAGGCGACCUCGUCUUAGCUACUCCUUCUCAAUGGGAUGUACUAUCACGUCAGUGGCAACGUCGAAAGAAUGUUCAGACCGUAGAGCUCUUCAUCGCGGAUGAGCUUCAUAUGCUUGGCGGGCAGUCAGGAUUCGUGUACGAAAUUAUCGUAUCUCGAAUGCACUAUAUCCGCUCUCAGACGCAGCUGCCAUUGAGAGUUGUCGGGUUGAGUGUCUCGCUUGCAAAUGCCAGAGACAUUGGAGAAUGGAUUGAUGCUAAAAAACACAAUAUUUACAACUUCAGCCCCCACGUUCGCUCAGUCCCUUUGGAGUUGCAUAUCCAGUCGUUCACUAUCCCUCAUUUCCCAUCACUUAUGCUUGCAAUGGCUAAGCCCACAUAUCUUUCCAUACUUCAAUUAUCGCCAGACAAGCCCGCGCUUGUUUUCGUCCCUAGUCGAAAGCAGGCACGUGCAACCAGUCGGGACUUACUGGCGGCCUGCAUAGCAAGUGAUGACGAAGACAGAUUUCUUCAUGCGGACGUUGAGCAGAUGAAGCCUUUACUGGAGAGGAUAGGCGAAGAAGCUCUGGCAGAAGCAAUAUCCCAUGGAGUUGGCUAUUACCAUGAAGCGUUGAGUGCUGGAGAUAAGCGAAUUGUAAAGCAUCUUUAUGACAACGGCGCAAUUCAAGUCAUGGUUGCUUCUCGGGACGUCUGUUGGGAGCUGGACUGCAAUGCUCAUCUGAUCGUGGUGAUGGGGACUCAAUACUAUGAAGGCCGAGAACACAGAUACGUUGAUUAUCCUCUGAGCGAGGUUUUGCAAAUGUUUGGCAAAGCAUCGCGCCCUCUUGAGGAUAAAUUAAGCAGAGGCGUGUUGAUGACUCCAGCAGUGAAGCGUGAGUACUACAAAAAGUUCUUGAACGAGGCUCUUCCGAUAGAAAGUCAUCUCCAAGUGUUCCUGCAUGAUGCAUUUGUUUCAGAGAUAAGCACGAAAAUGAUUGAAUCUGCGGAUGACGCGAUCAACUGGACGACUUUCACAUAUUUCUACCGUCGACUAUUGGCAAACCCCAGUUACUACAGUCUGACUGAUGUCUCUCAUGAAGGCCUGAGCUCCCAUCUCUCUGAGCUUGUGGAAACAACAUUGAAAGACCUGGCGGAGUUUAAGAUUAUUGACCUGGACGAAGACGACGAUUCUGUUACGCCUUUGAACGCAGCUAUGAUAGCUGCCUACUACAAUAUAUCGUACAUCACGAUGCAAACUUUCUUAUUGUCUUUAAGUGGGCGAACCAAGCUGAAGGGAAUCCUCGAAAUCGUUUCUUCGGCAACUGAGUUCGAGUCUAUUCAAAUCAGAAGGCAUGAGGAUAAUUUGCUUCGCAGAGUGUACGAUCGGACACUAGUCAAGAUGGCACAGCCAAGCUACGAUUCCCCCCAUUUCAAAGCAUUCGUAUUACUCCAAGCUCAUUUCUCAAGGAUGCAAUUGCCGAUUGAUUUGGCUAAAGACCAGGAGAUCAUCUUGACGAAAGUAUUAAGCUUGCUUAGUGCCACUGUCGAUAUUCUGUCUUCUGACGGUCAUAUCAACGCCAUGAACGCUAUGGAAAUGUCGCAAAUGGUAGUUCAAGGCAUGUGGGAUCGCGACAGCACUCUAAAGCAAAUCCCGCACUUCACUCCAGAAGCUGUUGCGGCUGCAAACGAAUCGGGGUAAGUUUUCUCUUUACAAAUGGUCACUGCGCAUACUAACAUCUCUCUUUUUUACAGUGUCAAGGAUAUCUUUGAAUUUAUGGAAGCUAUGGAUCCUUCUGAGAAUCCCAAUUACAAGACACUUGUGCAGCGACUAGGAUUGUCACAAUCUCAGCUGGGACAGGCAGCAGCGUUCACAAACAACAGAUAUCCUAAUAUUGAGCUCGACUUUGAGCUCGAGGACCCGGAUGAUAUCACGGCCGGGACCCCAGCGUAUAUCAAGAUCAAGAUUGUACGUGACGUGGAAGAAGACGAGGGUGAUGUGGACACUACGGUACACGCUCCUUUUUACCCGGCGAAGAAAAUGGAGAACUGGUGGUUGGUUGUUGGGGAGGAGAGCUCGAAGACGUUGCUUGCGAUCAAACGCAUUACAAUCGGUCGAAGCUUGAACGUGAGACUCGAGUACACGGUUCCAACGCCUGGCGAGCACGAGCUCAAGCUAUUCUUGAUGAGCGACAGCUACGUUGGGGUUGAUCAAGAUCCUAGCUUUACGGUGACCGUUGCGGAGGGCAUGGAUGAGGAUGAGGACGAGGACGAAUAG